AUGGGAGACAUGGGAGACCCUCCAAAAAAAAAACGUCUGAUUUCCCUAUGUGUUGGUUGCGGCAAUCAAAUUCACGAUCAGUAUAUUCUGAGGGUUUCUCCGGAUUUGGAAUGGCAUGCAGCGUGUUUGAAGUGUGCAGAGUGUGAUCAGUAUUUGGACGAGACCUGUACGUGCUUUGUUAGGGAUGGGAAAACCUACUGUAAAAGAGAUUAUAUCAGCCUGUGCAGGCUCCUGCCUCCUACUUAUGGGGAUCCUCUUCCCCCUCCCCCUUCCCUUACAGCAGAACCUAUCUCUGCCAGACAGCCAGCUCUGCGACCCCACGUCCACAAGCAGCCCGAGAAGACUACCCGAGUCCGGACGGUCCUUAACGAGAAGCAGCUUCACACCUUGAGGACCUGCUACGCUGCCAACCCCAGACCCGACGCCCUCAUGAAGGAGCAACUGGUAGAAAUGACUGGCCUCAGCCCGCGGGUCAUUAGGGUUUGGUUUCAAAACAAGCGAUGCAAGGACAAAAAAAGGAGCAUUAUGAUGAAACAACUUCAGCAACAGCAGCCCAAUGACAAAACUAAUAUCCAAGGGAUGACAGGAACUCCGAUGGUGGCUGCUAGUCCUGAGAGACACGAUGGUGGUUUACAGGCGAACCCAGUGGAGGUGCAGAGUUACCAGCCGCCUUGGAAAGUACUGAGUGACUUCGCAUUGCAGAGUGACAUAGAUCAACCUGCUUUUCAGCAACUAGUUAAUUUUUCAGAAGGAGGACCUGGUUCCAAUUCCACUGGAAGUGAAGUUGCAUCAAUGUCCUCUCAGCUCCCAGAUACACCAAACAGCAUGGUAGCCAGUCCUAUUGAGGCAUGAGGAACAUUCAUUCAGAUUUCUGUUGUUACUGUUUCUGCCCUUACCCUCACCCCUGUUGGAGUGAGUGGGAAAAUGAUCACGUUGGGACUCCAAAAUUUAG